AUGUCUAAGAACAACUAUAAAGAUAUCAUCGUCACGAUCAAAAACCGGAUUGGUAUCAUCAAGUUCAAUCGUCCCCAAGCUCUAAACUCCUUUGGAGGAACUCUACUUCCAGAAACAAUUGCUGCUCUCCGGGAACUAAAUGAGCAUCCCGACACUGUCUUUACCGUCUUGACCGGUGAAGGAAGAUUCUUUUGUGCGGGUGCGGACGUGAGACAGAAUGGUGGACCAGUUUCUGAGGCAAAAUAUGCUAGCGCUGCGGAAAAGAAAAUUGCAUAUCUCUCCAGAUUUACCCUUGCUCUCGAACUUAUGCGUUCGAUAAUUGAUCACACCAAAGUGUUCAUUCUCGCCAUGAAUGGUCCGGCGGUUGGAGCUGGCGCAGCAUGGUUCCCUGGAGUAGCUGAUAUAGUCAUCGCCUCUACGUCAACUUACCUCGAAAUUCCAUUUUCAGCGCUAGGUUUGGUUCCGGAAUGUGGCUCAGCUAUCUCACUAACCCAAUCCAUGGGUGUUCACCGUGCUAAUGAGUUCCUCAUGUUUGGAAGGAAACUUAACGCUGAUGAGAUAUUAUCAUUUGGCAUUGCUAAUCGGAUUUUUGAAAAGGAAGGGUUCGGAGAGAAGGUCACUGAAUAUCUAGAAGGUUUGUUAGAUAUUAAUGAUGGUAAAAGUAUGAUGGAGGCAAAGAGGCUGCAAAAUUUGCCAUUAAGAGAUUCAAGAAUAUUAGCAGUGUAUAACUCGAUCGAUGCACUGGCUGAAAGAUUUGUUGAUGGAGCACCCAAUGCAAGAUUUCAGGCUAAGAGGAAGGAAAUGGAAGCAAAAUCUAAGAAUAGAACUUCGAAAAUCUAG